AUGGCUGCGGGCUUCGAGUACGACGUCAGGGAGGUCGUCGAAUACCAUGAGUUCGAGGUGGACGAGGAUGGUGAGGGCAUUGUCGAUGCACCGAAAGGAAGAGGAGGAAACUAUACCAACGACGAAGACGUUGUGCUAUGCAAAACUGGGUUGGGCGUGUCGAGGGAUCCAUCCAUUGGAGGUGAUCAAAGUAGAGAUGCUUAUUGGCUCCGGAUGAAAGAACACUUUGAUCUUCGCAACGUGAGUGGAAUUGACCGCUCUGCACGAUCACUUCGCUCCCGGUGGUCGACCAUCAAUAGGGAUUGUCAACAAUGGGCGGCCGCACAAAAAGCGGUUGACAAGUUGAACCCGAGUGGCACCAAUGAUGACGAUAGGUUAAAUAUUUCACAAAACUUGUUCAAAGGAGAGGAGAAGAGGGCCAAGAAGGGGGAGAUCAAGAAAGGAAGGCCAUUUACCUUGCCUCAUUGCUAUGAAGUAUUGAAGGAUGAUGAGAAAUGGAAGAAGCGUGAGGAUAUUGAUGAUUUGGAUUUGAGCAAAAAACGCAAGCGAACAAUUGAUUUGGAAGAUGACGAUGAGGAGGAUGCAUCAAGUGAAGAUGGCAAGAGAAGCCCCACACCAAACUCGGUUUCAUACUCGAAGCCAAAACGACCGGAUGGCAUGAAGAAAGACGCAACAGAAAAGUAG